UUCUCAAACUCCCUCUCAAUCUCGCCAUUACUUUUUCAAUCUCCCUCUCAAUCUCGCUAUCAUCUUCCUCACGCUCUCAAUCUCCCUCUCAGUCUCGCGCUCGCUCUCAUUCUGAGUCUCCUUCUUGCUCUCGGUCUCGCUCGCGGUCUCCCUCUCAGUCUCGGUCUCCCUCUCAGUCUCGCGCUCGCUCUCACUCUCACUGUCGGUCUGCAUCUUCAGUUUGGAUUCACCAGAUAUGGACCCACAUGGAGCUAUACAGACUUUGUGCACGAGGCAGGAUAAGCAUCGUUCAAGUUUGCUUUUGGAUGCUCAUUUGGAAGGCGAGGAAGUGCCAGGUGUAUUGACUUGUCGUCACCGAGACAAAGGUCUGCUUGAAGGAGGGGUAGAUGGGUUAGAUCCACGAAUUCUCGCUUAUAUCACUGAUGCGGGGUUAGAUGGGCUGCUUCGGGUCCCACAUAUGGACAUUGACCACGCAUUGAUCACAGCGUUGGUGGAGAGAUGGCGGCCGGAGACGCACUCAUUUCACUUGUCCCACGGUGAGAUGACCAUCACACUACAAGAUAUGGAGGUUAUAAUGGGGGUACCUGUAGAUGGCUUGCCGUUGGUGGAAUCUAUACCCUCGACGGGCAGUUGGCGUGACGUCUGCAGUAGAUUGCUAGGGCGUACACCGCCACAUAGAGAACUUAGAAACAACAGAAAGAACACUGGAGUGCUGGAAGGGGCGAGCAUAAAAGCCAAAUGGCUUGAGGAUCAGUUUCGCAACCCUCUCCCAGUUGACGCCCCCGAGGCGCUUGUGCAGAAGUAUGCUCGUUUUUACAUAUUGGAGUUGUUAGGUAGUACGCUAUUUAUGGAUAAGUCUGGAGAACGGAUCUCAAUUAGGUAUUUGCAAUAUUUCGAUCCAAUCAGCAACGGAAAGAAGUAUAGUUGGGGUAGUGCAGCACUAAGUUGGCUCUAUAGACACCUCUGUAAGGCAUCAGAGAAGACAGCCAAGCAGAUUGGGGGUGCACUACUAUUGGUGCAGUUGUGGGCGUGGGCGAGGUUUCCCCACAUAUGUCCUGUGAUGAGGCAUCCACACCAGGCACUACCUCCAGGUCCACUUGCUGUCAGAUGGAAAGGGGCUAAGAUAACAACUGAACAUUCGAUGCACGUCCUACGUGCCUAUCGUGUGUCGCUUACUUCACUGCGGCCAAAUCAGAUUGUUUGGGAGCCGUACAGAAAUUAUUUGCGUUCUCUACCCGCAUAUUGUACGGCAGGCCAACGUAUAUGGAGGUCUAUUGUGCCGCUGAUACAUUUUUGGGUGGUUGAAGGCCAUCAUCCCGAACGUGUUCUCCGACAGUUUGGGAUGAAGCAAGGCAUACCAGAUGAUGUUGAUACUUCAAUUGAACUACACAAGAUCACCCUCUAGGGCAAGCACGAAAAAGAUUGGGCCCGAAUACAUGCCCCGCAUAUUGCUAAAUGGGCUGCGCACGCCAGAAUUGCCGAUGCACCGGCCUUUCACGGGGAGAUGAACUACAAUGACGAGUAUUUGGUUUGGUUUCGUCCCCGCACUGUUCGCCAUAUUACAAAAGAGACUUCGUACUGGGACACUUUGGUUGAAUCACAGUUGCGCAUUAUAACGAAGUGCGAACCAGGGUCUGAGAUCUACACCGACUGUAUUAAUGCCUUGCAAGCUGUUGAAGAAAUCGGUCGGUUAUCCUUGGACCAUGCACGUGACGUGGGUAACACAAGUGAACCAGCUGUACGACGUGGUCGGCAAGCAAGUGGACGUCAAGGGCGUGGAGGAUGUCAAUCUAGCCAGCGUCAUACAUCUAGUCGGCCUCCCACAUCUGGUCAGCGUCACACACCCGUGCCCACAUCUAGUCGACGUCCCACAUCUGCUCAGCGUCCUACAUCUGGUUUGUGUCACACACCCGUGCCCACAUCUAGUCGGCGUCACACACCCGUGCCCACAUCUACUCGGCGCCACACACCCGUGCAUGACCACACCAUGGAGGAAGCAAGUCAGACAACAGAUGAGAUGUGGGACGACACUGCUUAUGACGUAGGCUCCAUGGCACACGAUGAUGCGGGUCCAUCCCAUACGUUUGCCCAUAGAGACACAUUUGGGUCCCCAUCCAUGAGGAGCGAUGGUACUUGCCCACCCACACCCCCUAGUACAUCUCUGUUGCCCACCACCUGUACGUCUCCCCCACUGACUGCCGGCCCUGCCCCCGCAGUUUUAGAUGGUAGAGAUGAGAUGAGGUUCAUGCCCACUCCUGGGCGACCCACCCCUGUUGCUGUCCCCCCUGAGUUUGUGCAUACCGAGUUUAUCCAGACACAGAUACCCACCCCCCCAGCAGAGCCUUCGCACAUCGAGGAUCGGCCACGAAGGCCGCAACGCACACGGACACAUCCUCCUGACUGUGGGACUGGACAUGGCAAGGUGAGACCAGUCAAGGAACCGGUGAGGAGAAGAAAACGAGAAUGAUUCAAGGGCAGAAUUUGUGCUACUUUGGGUUUGUAAUGGUAUAGGAUCUUUUUGUCAUGUAUAGGAUCUUCUUGUAUAUAUUUUAUAUGAUGAGCCACUAUUAUGCAAUCCACAUGGAUUACAAGAUAUAGACUGGAAUGUUAUAGGCAUUCUUAUAUAGAUGAUUUCAUGGUAGUGGUUGAUAAGCAUUGUGCAUGCUUUAGUAAGCAUUGUGGCAACAAUCAGUUGUUAUGGGAUGUUUCUAUUAAUGGGUAUUUGCUAAUUGUAGAGAUGAAUGUGGGAUGUUUAGAAAUGCAAUACAAGGAAACUUUUUGUUGAA